GGUUGGUGCGUUUCUCCCUCUUCCCCUCGUUUUAAAAAUCCGACCGUUGUGCCUGUAAGUGACUUCUCACCCCCAUCCCCCUGCAGGUUUUUGGUAGAUUUGCCUGUAAGUGUCACUUACAGGUGAAUUUUCUCUCGCAAACACCACCUGUAAGUGACUUCCCUGUAAGUCACUUCCCACUUACCCAAAUUACAGGCAUCCAAACAGGCCCUAAGAGUAAUAAUACAAGAAAAUAAGCAUGCUCCAACGUUACCACCUCAAAAGAAGACCAAUCCCACCCCUCCAUUCCCUGGUCCGCUCCUUCCACCAUCUCACCCCCACCGUCGAUCCCGCUCUGUCCCCACCUCACCCUUCACUCUCCACCAUCAAUUCCAAAUCAGACCUCCUCAAAUCCUACACCGUCACACCACCCAUCAAGCCCUGGCCCACCCGCCUCCACCCAAAGCGCCUUGUCACCAUGCUCUCCCGCCAGCAGAACCUUGACCUUGCUCUUCAAAUCUUCGAACACGCUGGCAAAUUCCACCCUAACUUCUCCCAUAAUUAUGACACCUACCACACCAUGAUCGAGAAGCUCGCCCGCGCCCGCGCCUUCUCCCCCAUGGAGACUCUCCUCUCUGACCUCCAGCGCUCCCGCAUCCGCUGCGGUGAGAACGUCUUCGUCGCGGUCAUCCGAAACUACGGCCUGGCAGGCCGCCCGAAAUUGGCCUUGAAGACUUUCAUUCGUAUCAGGGAAUUCGGUGUCGAGACGUCGGUACGUUCUUUCAAUACCCUUCUCAAUGCCAUGAUACAAAACAAGCGCUUCGAUACAGUCUAUGCACUUUUCAAGAGCUGUAAGAAGAGAUUCGGCAUUGUUCCAAAUGUCUUCACCUGCAAUAUUCUGAUAAAAGGGCUCUGUAAAAAGAACGAUAUCGGAGCUGCCUUCCAGGUGCUCGAUGAAAUGCCUGGCAUGGGGAUGGUCCCAAAUGUUGUGACCUACACUACGAUUCUUGGGGGUCUCUGUGCUGGAGGCGAUCUUGUCGGUGCCCGGAAGGUUUUCGAUGAAAUUCUUGAUAGAGGAUGGAUCCCAGAUGCGAUCACGUACACAAUCUUGAUCGAUGGGUAUUGUAGGCAGGGAAGAUUGAUUGACGGUGUUAAGGUCAUGGACGAGAUGGAAGAGAAUGGUGUCGCUCCAAAUGAUGUUACCUAUAGUGUUUUGAUCGAGGCAUAUUGUAAAGAAAAGAAAGCAGGAGAGGCUUUGAAUUUACUCGAUGAUAUGCUUGAGGAGAAGUAUAUACCAAGCUCGGCACUUGCUUGUAGACUAAUAGACGUUCUUUGUGAGGAGGGCAAGGUUGAAGAUGCAUGUGAAAUAUGGAAGAAGCUCUUGAAGAAGAAUUGCACUCCGGAUAAUGCAAUCUCGAGCGCGCUCAUAUAUUGGCUUUGUAAGAAGGGGAAAGUAUGGGAUGCGAGGAAGUUGUUUGAUGAGUUUGAGAAAGGAUCUAUACCGAGCGCUUCGACAUACAACACUCUUAUAUCGGGGAUGUGCGAGCACGGGGAGUUGCAGGAGGCUGGGCGGUUGUGGGACGACAUGGUGGAGAAAGGAUGUGUGCCAAAUGCAUUUACGUAUAACUUGUUGAUUAAAGGGUUUUGUAAGUUGGGGAAGGCUGGGGAGGGUGUUAAGGUUUUGGAGGAGAUGUUAGAAAAAGGGUGCACACCGAAUAAGUUUACAUACUCAAUGUUGGUUGAUGGGCUUUACCUGGCAGGAAUGGAAGAGGAGGUUGUGAAGGUUCUUUCCAUAUCUAUGUUGAGUGGAGGGUUUUUACUUGAUGCUGAUUCUUGGGCCGUGUUUGUUAUAAAGGUUGCCAGUGAUUUAGAUAGCUGGAGGGUUGAACUCAACAGAAUAUUGGAGGAUGCUGGUUAGUGUGAAUUGAGGGUGGUUUUGUUAUCCAUUGUGUACAUAAAACAAGCGAUGCUAUUGGAUUUUAACCACUAUAUCGUGAUAUUAAGCUUCCUCAUCUUUGGCAGCACGUCUGCGACUGUGAAGGUUGUUAUUCACUCACCCUGCUUUCUCAGUCAUGAAAAAAGGACCCUAUUUCUGAAAAAAAAGAAUCAUAGUGUUGUGCUUUGGGAUUUGUUUUUGAUGCACGCCUAGCGAAUUAAGAGGCAAAUUGGUAUAUCAUAUCAGUUCAAAGCUUGUCGGUGAAUUGGCAUGUAUUUAGUGACUCUGAACUGAACAUCCCCAAGCAGAAUGAGGAAGGCUGGUCUUUGCAUUUAGUACCUGCAGGAACCGCAGGGCACAUCAUACAGAGCAAGCAAGCCUAAGGUAUGAGAUGCCAAAGCAAGGAGUUCAAAUGAAGACCUGCAGAAUUCAGGGCUACCCUUUCCCUGUGUCAAUGCAACAAUCUCCUGACGUAGGGUAGGGCAGUGGGAAAUACCGACACGGGCUGGUUAAUUACUAAUGUCGAAGGUUUUCCAAGCAAACAGGGAUUCUACAUGGAUUCAACUGAGCUAACACACUCCUAUGAGUAAGAUUUGGUAUGUGGGUCAUAAUGUAAGCCACUUGAAUAAGAUAUGGUUGUGAAAUCCUCGCAACAAAAUGGAAGCAGUGUCUAGUUUAACUUAGUAAAAUCUUUAAAGUGUAUGUAGUAAAUUAUAAUAAGAAUAAUGAGCUAUUGGGUUAACAAUGAUUUUUGGAUUCUUUAAUUAUAAUUAACAUUUCAAUGGUU